AUGACAGGCGAGCGGGCGGGCGUUAUGGAGAAAGCAGGUACCCCCUUCCACCCCCCCCCCCUCCGGGAGCCAACACAGACCAACUUCCGACGACGAUAA